AUGUGUUGUCGUCGGAGACGGGUAAUUAAUUUAUACGAUGCUGUUGGUAAAACAUGCUUAUUAAUAUCGUAUACAACAAACAAAUUUCCAAGUGAAUAUGUUCCAACUGUAUUUGAUAAUUAUGCCGUAACAGUUAUGAUUGGAGGUGAACCAUACACAUUAGGUCUUUUUGAUACUGCCGGACAAGAAGAUUAUGACCGUUUACGACCAUUAUCUUAUCCUCAAACAGAUGUGUUUUUGUGGAUUCCUGAGGUCGCUCAUCACUGUUCGAAAACACCAUUUCUAAUUGUUGGAACACAAAUUGAUUUACGUGAAGAUCCGCAAACAAUGGAUAAAUUACAAAAAUCAAGACAAAAACCAAUUACAUCGGACCAAGGGGAUAAAUUAGCACGAGAAUUAAGAGCGGUUAAAUAUGUUGAAUGUUCAGCUUUAACACAGAAGGGUUUAAAAAAUGUGUUCGAUGAAGCAAUAUUAGCCGCAUUAGAACCACCAAAAAAAUUGAAAAAAUCUACUUGUUUAUUAUUGUAA